CAGGGGGAGGACCAGAGCCGGGGUAGGAGUUGGGGAAGAGAGAAAGAGAGAGUGAUUAAGAGCCCGACGUGACGAGGGUGUGAACUAGGGUCCCCCCCUCUCCCCCGCGACAUGAGCUGAAGGGCUUCGAAGCGGCGGGCGCCCCCGGGGGUGGGAAGGACUGGCGCGUUCCGAGCGAGGUAUGGGUCAGGAGGAGAUGGACGCUGGGUGGACAUUCUGCAAAGUGCAAGGGAGCAAGGCGGAUGAGACUGUGCACUUGAAACCUGGUGGAGUGUCGGAAAUGAGAGCGGCCGUGGAAGCUGCCAGGCUGCCGAGAGAUGGGCGUUCAUAGGACAAUUCUGGGGGACCCGAGGAGAAUAAAAAAAAAAGCUGAGGGGAGACCAAGAGAAAAGAAGGGUUCAGGAAGUGAUGGGGAUGGGGCAAUUGCUCGUGGAUGGGGUUAACAAGGUAAAGACAGGGCUCAGAGCAGGCGGGGUGCAAGGAAGAAAUGGGGCCCCAGGAUUUCAAGGAUGGACCGGGGAGUAAGGGAAGAGAAAGGGGUUAAGGGAAGCUGGGGGUGUCCUGAUGGGUGUAGAACUGGGGUUGACUGCACAGGGGCGGGAACCGAAUGUGUAGUGUUGCUAUGAGAUGCCCCGAAGGGCUGAAGGUUAGGGUACAAUUGCUGUAGUGAAGGAUCCAAUGUAGGGGCCCUUCGGUGCAGAAGAAGAGAAACCAUGAGUCUUUGGAUGGGAAGAGACUUUGAAAGGACCUCUGGUUUAUCCUGCAUCUUCAGUCAAUAUCCCACUUAAAUCAUCCCAGGUAAUAAAGAAGAAACCCAGUCAAUGAUUGUGGAUUAAUAUGGAAGAAGAUGGAAAAAACUUGUUUAAUGGGUUAGGAGCGGGGCGACUGCGCUGAGACAUGGAGAGAUGCAAACAUGCGGGGCGCUUACGGCUCGCCCAGGACCACUCCAUCCUGAACCCGCAGAAGUGGUGCUGUCGCGAGUGCGCCACCACCGAGUCGGUGUGGGCCUGCCUCAAGUGCUCACACGUGGCCUGCGGCCGCUACAUGGACGACCACGCCCUGAAACACUUCCAAGACACCGGACACCCGCUGGCCAUGGAGGUGCGCGAGCUCUACGUGUUCUGCUACCUGUGCCAGGACUACGUGCUCAACGACAACCCGGAGGGGGACCUGAAGCUGCUGAGAAGCUCGCUCCUGGCGGUCCGGGGCCAGAAGCAGGACCCGCCCGUGCGGCGCGGGCGGACGUUGCGGUCCUCGGCGUCCGGGGAGGACGUGGCGCCGCCGCAGCGCGCCCGCACACCCCAGGCGGCGCCGCAGAUGCUCGCCGCGCUGCGCUACCGCCGCCAGCGCCUGCUGGCCAAGGCGCUGCGCCUGUGGUUCGCCCGGAGCUCGCGGGGCCGGGCGAGGCUGGAGCAGCAGCGCCGCGAGGAGGCGCUCGAGCGCAAGAAGGAGGCGGCGCGGCUGCGGCGGCGCGAGGUGAAGCGGCGGCUGCUGCAGGAGCUGGCCAGCGCGCCCCCGCGCAAGAGCGCGCGCCUGCUGCUGCACGCGCCCGCGCACGCGCCCGGCCCCGCCUCGGCCGCGCGCCCCGCGCUCGCUACCUCCCGCCGCGCGCCCGCCGCCCCGCUCAAGGCGCGCCGCCUGCCGGCCGUGGCCCCGGGCGUCACGGGCCUGCGCAACCUGGGCAACACCUGCUACAUGAACUCCAUCCUCCAGGUGCUCAGCCACCUGCAGAAGUUCCGGGAAUGCUUCCUGAACCUGGACCCGUCGGCCUCCGAGCACCUGUUCCCGCAGGCCACCAACGGCAAGGCUCCGCUGUCGGGCCGGCCGGCCGCGGCGUGCGAGCCCCGGGGCCUCUGCUGGAACAGCGGCACGCCCAUCAGCCGGAGCCUGGAGCUCAUCCAGAACAAGGAGCCCGGCUCAAAGCACAUUUCCCUCUGCCACGAGCUGCACACCCUCUUCCGAGUCAUGUGGUCCGGGAAGUGGGCGCUGGUGUCGCCCUUCGCCAUGCUUCACUCGGUGUGGAGCCUGAUCCCCGCCUUCCGCGGCUACGACCAGCAGGACGCGCAGGAGUUUCUCUGCGAGCUUCUGCACAAAGUGCAGCAGGAACUCGAGUCCGAGGGCUCCACGCGCCGGAUCCUCAUCCCGUUCUCCCAGAGGAGGCUCACCAAGCAGGUCUUGAAGGUGGUGAACACCAUAUUUCACGGGCAGCUGCUCAGUCAGGUCACAUGUAUAUCAUGCAAUUAUAAAUCCAAUACCAUUGAGCCCUUUUGGGAUCUGUCCCUGGAAUUCCCUGAACGCUACCACUGCAUAGAAAAGGGGUUUGUCCCCUUGAACCAGACUGAGUGCCUGCUCACGGAGAUGCUGGCCAAGUUCACCGAGACAGAAGCCCUGGAAGGGCGAAUCUACGCUUGUGACCAGUGUAACAGCAAACGACGCAAGUCCAAUCCAAAACCCCUUGUUCUGAGUGAAGCUAGAAAGCAGUUAAUGAUCUACAGACUACCUCAGGUCCUCCGGCUGCACCUUAAGAGAUUCAGGUGGUCUGGCCGUAAUCAUCGCGAGAAGAUCGGGGUCCAUGUCGUCUUUGACCAGGUAUUAACCAUGGAACCUUACUGCUGCAGGGACAUGCUCUCCUCUCUUGACAAAGAGACCUUUGCCUAUGAUCUCUCCGCAGUGGUCAUGCAUCACGGGAAAGGGUUUGGCUCAGGACACUACACAGCCUAUUGCUACAACACAGAGGGAGGUUUCUGGGUCCACUGCAAUGACUCAAAGCUGAAUGUAUGCAGUGUGGAGGAAGUGUGCAAAACCCAGGCCUACAUUCUCUUUUACACUCAAAGGACAGUGCAGGGCAGUGCAGGAAUUCCAGAUCCCCAACUCCGAGCUCAGGUGCAGUCCAGCAACAAGGAUGAAGGCAGAGCACAGACACUCCCCUGACUGCGAGGACGCGCCAGACAACACUGAGACGUGGACGAAAUUCAGACAGAAAGUGGCUUGUCCUCACAGGGACGGCGUGACUAGAUUUUAAAUUAAAUUUGCCUUUUCCAACACUGUGAGGUUUCUAUAAUACUUAGCUUUUAUUUGGAAGCGAUAGCGUAUGGCAUGUUUAUGCUGUUUGGUUUGUAUAAGCUCUGCCUGGGCUCAUCCUCUCCUGGACACUGUUUUAAAGUGUCCCAGCUACCCAUGCAACCAGAGGCUCUGAUGCAGAGCAGAACUCUUGAGGUUCACGUUAGCAAGUUGGCUUGGCGGGGUGAUGACUUGUGACGGCAGAGGGAAACCCUUUAACACAACCCAGCCCGUAUGGUGAUGCACACCUGUAACCCCAGCACUAGGAAGGCGCAGCAUGUGUGGAGGAGGCUGUCUAAAACUCCACAAGAAACCACGGAGAGUAAGAAGGGGAUGAAAGAGAACCGGGCCUCGCCUUGCAUCCUGCGUGUGUGGUUUCUAGAAAGGGAACUUCCAUGGUAGAGAGCUGGCAGAGCCAGCUGCUUCUGCCCCUGCCUGGCAGAGGGCAGUGCUGGUUAUCCACACAGUAACUUCAUGGACAAUUCAAAGAUCUGGAAGUUAAAUGUUUAAAAAUAGUUUUAUGCCAAAUACUAUAAGGAUUGUUAAGCGGACUGUAAAGUAAAUGCUUAACUCACCUGAGCACCCAAUGUAUCAAAUGAACAAAAUCACUUAAAAUGAGUUGGGACAGAAACCAACACGAGUCUCGGCUGAGCUGCACGCUGCACGAAGGUGCCACUGCAGCCGCGGGCAGACUCCUCAGGUACCAGAGCAGCAGCACCAGGCACUUAGGCUAGUGUUGAAGGAGGUUGUAUUCAGGAGUUGUCCGCUGCAUAAGGGCCUCCGGGAGGGAAACGGUCUGUUGCCUGUCAAUUAUUUACACAGAGGAAGUGCGUGAAUGUCUCAUUUGCACCUACACGAAUUGAAACAUUGUCAGGAGAGAAAAUGCGAACAGGUAGAGGUUGACUACCUGCUGCCCAGACAAACCAGGAUCUCAGUAAGCCCGGGCCGCUCCUCUCCCAGGGAGCGCAGUUAACAGGCCCACUCCAAGCCCUCCAUGGUUGGCUGGCAUGUUUACUUAUUGCUGUCGCCAGCCAAGAUGAAUGCACCCAGCCCUCCAAAAGUAUUUCUUACCUCAGUCUAACCUGACCCUCAUGCUGGUGGCUGCCUGAGCCCAGCACCCAUGCUAGUGCAGAUACGUGGAAUUGCCUUGGCAGCCAGUUCUCACUAAAUGGUGGACAGAGCCCUUGCCCGCUUUGCUCUAGCCCCUCUCAGGCUGAGAUGAGAGGGUAGUGCCACUCUGUAAAGAAUUCCAAGAUGUCUCUUAAAAUAUCGUGAAUAAAUUGGAAACUGUAGAAGGUAUUAAUGUGUCCUAUGGACUCAAUAGCAGAGUUUAUUUUUGUUCCUAAUGACAAGGCUUCUAGAGUCAGUGACUGUACGUAUUCCCUACUGUGAUGAGCUUUCCAAGUCCAGGAGAAGAACCAGUGGGGUACACUGGCUGGCAGUGGGGCACGCCCCAGAGUAAGACGAGAGAGGUCACAGUACCUCAGAAAGAAGACUUGGUUGGGGGUGGGGAGAGUGGGCAGGUAAGGCAGGACAUAGGGAGUUUGUUUUACUUACUGAUAAAAGCUUUGUGAACUAAUUUUAUACAAUUCAUAAAAGUUAGUGCCUUGUACUUAAUUAUGGUUUGCAUGAGACGGAAAAAAUUAAGGAAAAUAAUUCCCUUUUUUUGUCAUUUCAAGUGUCCAGUGGGUCUAUAUAGUGUUUGAAGGACAUCUGCUGUCACAAAUUUCUUAAAAGCAUUUCUUAUCUUGUGUGUGUGAAUACAAAUUAUUCUUACCAGCAAGUUCUAGAAUUUUAUUGUAACGUCCAGAUUGUCUGUCUUUGUAAUGAUUUUUCAAACGCCUGUGUAACCAAGGCAGACUGUACGGCCACUGUAGUUCACCCUGUAUGUUCCAACACUAGCUCUGGCCCUCGGUAGGUGAGGAGGCUGCCCCUUCCGCGUGGGUGCCAGGGCCCUACCCGGGGUUGUAGCUGAUGCGUACAAGGGUUGGGAGAGCACAGAUGAUCAGAAGGGCCUCUUUCAAAACCAUGACUAAUGCCAGACAACAUAUGGCAGCGGUCAGUGUAGCAAACAUCCCCCGUGGGAUACGCGAAGGGAGCGGUGCCGAGAUGUCGGCCCAGCUGCAGCCCGCCCGUUCCCAGGCAGGCCUUGCCUGCGAUGGCGCUAAGUGACCGUGGAAGGGAAGACCCAGGCCUCCCGCCGCCGGAUUCUUGCACUCCAAGCUUAAGAUUCCUACUGAGCAUAACUCUGCACCGGUGGAUGUUUAAAAGCUCACCAUUCAAAGCACCCUUGGUAUCUAAGUCCCUCAGCCUAGUAGUGACUGGACUAAUUAGAUGAAAAGCUGCCUCUGGGAUAAAAUUUCAUAGUCACUUAGUUUUUUGCCAGGUAAGUAUGCAUCUCCCCAAUGGUUCUUUUUUUUUUUUUUUUUAGUACUGUAGCUGAAAAGCACCUCAACAGGGCUGUGGGUUUUUGUCUCUCGCAUGUUUAACAGCUGCUCUCUCGGUUGAGUUUUACGUGCUGUACUUGGUCAACCCACAACUGCUCUAACUAUCCCACCACUCGGUGGCUACAAUGAAAUAGUCAUUUUUGUGGAUUCAUUUAAAAUGAAAACUGGGGAAAUUGGCUCGAUGGUAGAGCACUUACCUAGCAUGCGUGACACCCUGUCCAUCUCCAGCACUAUUAAGCCACCUUAAAUGAAACUUGAACCAGAAUUAUGGCUUUAAAAACCAACCAGUAGUAAACAGGUACUUGAUACUAAACUUAAAAAUUUUAGGCCAGGCGUGGUGGCGCACGCCUUAAAUCCCAGCACUCGGAAGGCAGAGGUAGGAGGAUGGCCGUGAGAUCGAGGCCACCCUGAGACUACACAGUUCAAGGUCAGCCUGGACUGGAGUGAAACCCUACCUCAAAAAACAGAAAACAAAAAAUGUUUUUAAUUUGAACUAUGUUUGAAAGCUAUGUCUUAAUUCUUGCUAGACUUUUUCAGUGGUGACACUUCUAAUCGCAUGGAACUGUUCACAGUGAUCAGACAGCAUGCUUUAAGGAUGUUUCGUUCUUACAAAGAACAGAACGUGUGGGGCCUCCUGUCCUGCUCACUGGGAGGGGCGGUUAGCUUCAAGGCUGCACUCUGUUCUCAUGUUCACGGCCUUCCUCUUGGUAGGAUAACCUCUCAGCAUGAUUCCAGGGUAGACUCAGGUCUUGGCUUUAUAUUAAGUCAACCCCAGGCCGGAAUUCAUACAAGGUCAUGGUUUAUCCCUCCUCCUGAUCCACCUGCUAGGCUCUCCCUAAUGAGUGUUCACAAGAGAAUGUUAAGUCGUGCCAUCUAUCUAUCAGCUUUGGUGAAUGUGUGCUGGGAAUCAAACCCACGGCUUCUUGUGACAAAGCAAGCUCUCUGGAGCUGGCUGCCCCAUCCCCCAGACAAGCUUUUCAAAUGAGAUUUAUGCCAGCAGGUUUUAAGCAACACAGUUUCAUCCUAUCUACCUCUAAUGAACAAACUGCUCUUAGAGGGAGCCCUGCAACAGCGAUGCCACUGUGGUCCAGGCAUUCUGAGCCUCCUUUCUAACUCCACAGGGCACAUCGGAGCAGUGUGUUUUAAAAUGCCGAGUAAUGUAAAUUGACUACAAAAAAAUUACCACAGGGACCCUGUGUCUAGCUCACCUUGUCCUGUGGCUACCGUACUCCACUUUCAGCAGACACCAGAGCCCUGGGCGAUGGCGCCAGCGCGUAUUUGAGGGUCAGAAAUACCAACUUCUGUCUGCACGAAGUGCUUCCUUGGCAGGGUCCCUGCUCACUGACAAGGUUUGCUUGCCCCUUGCCCUCACCACCCACCACUGACCUCUCUCUGCCAGCAAAUCUCCUUCUAUUCCAACAAUGUCUCCCUGGUGCCUGAAACACCCACCCAGUGCACUGAAAUGCUACGCAACACAAUGGCAUCUUCCCCAGGCACUGCUCCAUGACGGGGGUUCCGCAAGGCCAAGCUCUCUCGUUACAUUAGCACCCACGGGUGGUGGUGGGUGGUUGCAGUUCCUGUCGAUUUUUUCCCCCUCUUCUUUUUAAUAAGGCAAACCACCUCCAUUACAAUCCACGUUUGAGGCUCAAGCCCAUCUCUUGAGUGUGAAAUGGAAAUCAUGUGUUUGGUUUUUGUAAAGUGACUUUUUACACCGUUUUUGUAAGAAGUUUCUUAUUAAAAGAAUAAAAACGGC